AUGUCCAACAACCUUCUGAACCUGUUCUGUCUCGUUGAUGGCGAACUCCAGUCGAACGCCUUCCCCGUCAAAGCUACACCAACAGACACCAUUGAUGAUCUCAGGUGCCAGACUGGAUAUCGACACGCUCUCCAGGACCUCACCCUCUGGCGCGUCUCGAUCCCCGUCGUUGCAGCCAACAAACACAACCCGAUUGUCCGGAAUGAAGUUGAGUCAUCAACAGAGCUACACCCAACCGACGAUGUUUCCGAUGUCUUUCCAGACAAACCACCUAUGAAAACAAUCCACAUCAUGGUCCAGCGACCUCCUCAAGUCCAUGCACCUGUCCCUGCCCGUCCCUCCACUCCACAGCUCAAGUCUAUUCCGAAGGAUCGCCUCGAGCAGGAAUGGAAGUCAUUCUCAAUGACAUCCAGCAUCGCCCUACCACCCACCCCCUCUGUUGAUCCAAUGGAAGCUGAGGCUUUCCAGAAUGAAGAGCUAGGACCCUUUUUCAAGAGGACUCUUCCGCAUGGUGAGACAGCAAGAGACAUCAAGCUGGUGAUGCUGGGACUUGAGCUGGACAAGCUGGCAAGGACGAGCGACGGCGAAACCUUGCAUUCUAUUGUGGAGGAUGACAUGGGCAAAUACAGUGACUGUCGCGUAGUAGCUAUGGUUGCUCCAUCUGGAUCAGGAAAGACUGCGACUGUAGUUGACCUCGCGAGCAAGCACUUUGUGAUCUAUUGUGUUUGUUGCAUCCCGAGCUCCACCAUCUCUCCCGGCUUCAAGGACCCGAACUUUAUCACGCUUGCAGAAGACAUUGAGAGCAUGUACCGGGCCGUUAUUCACAGGAAUCAAGGGCGUUCGCAGGACGCAAAGGACAUCGAUUUCGAAGUCAAGGCCCUAGCAGGAGAACGCGUCAAGCUCGAAUUCCUUUCACGGCUGCUCUUCCUUCAGCAUCUCCUCGACAACAACCUUGCUCUAGAACCCCUGCAGUUCUUCCGUGAACAGACCACCAAAGGUGCCUUAACUACCGGUGACCUGGUCUACAAGCUGAAGGAGUACGACUACAACACAAUCCAAGCCAUGCUCAGCAAAGUCCAAGACAAGCUUCAGUCUAUCCUUGUUUCCAAACGACUUGGACUGGUGAUUGCCCUGGACGAGGCUCAAGUUGCGGUCACUGGAAUCUUGUCCGAAAAGCUCUUCUCACCAUCUGCUUUGAUCAACAGAGAUGCCCUCUUCGACAGCAAAGAACCAUGUGAUGGUAUUAAUUUGGUCCACAGUAUCUGGUGCAUCACGGUGAUUGCUGGUGUGCAAACUCAUCUGGAGAACGUUGUGUUCCUACCUAAAGCAUAUUUGGACAACGACGGAUUCAUUAAGAGCUUGGAAAAAGCCAUGAUGGCUUAUGUCACGACCCUUGCUCGAGGAUUCUGUGUCGGGUCCCCUGCCUUCGACCCUGAGGAGUUUGUUGUGCUCCGUGAUGAGGCCGCGGAGCGGCGAGACUUUCUUCAUGAUUUGAAGACAGAGAUGCCGAAAGGGACAAAAUGGGCAGAUGAAGUGAUCGAGAGCAUCGAGGAAACUGUGAUAAACGGUGGAUUCGAUGAAGCGAGGGUGGAGCAGUGGCCCGAAGACAAGGUCCUACAGAGGAGGUACCAGAAGUUUGAGUACGGCCGGCAGGAACGCGGAAAAGCUGAUCGAUUGGCCUCCUGGUCGUAUGAAAAGUAUCGCUAUUAUUUGCACUUAUGCAAAGGACGAUCACUCGUCACCGGGAUGAAAGUGACCCUGCCAAGAAAACUGGAUAUUGAUCGCAACAUCGACACUGACAAGUACGAUUUCGAUACCAUCCUACUCAUGGAGAAUGAGAUCAACGUGGCGAAGAAGAGUAUGUCCGAGUUCAAGGACUCAUCUGCAUUCAGACUCUCCAAAGAGUCAUUCAAGCCAAAGUGGGCGGUCAAGAUCUUACGCGCUGAUCUAUGGAAAUUGAUCGAGGACACCAACGCAACGAAGGAUGAGUAA